CCAUUUCACAGGUAUGUUCCUGUUGUAUUAAUUAUUUUAUGACUGUUAGUAGUAUUGAAUCCAAUUGCUGGGAUAAUUCCAUUAGAACUGGGAAAUCUUGUUAAUUUGAUGGAGUUAAAUAUGGGGAAAACAAUCUCAAGGGAACCUUACCACCAGACAUUGGCAGCUUAACCAAUAUGCAAUUUUUAUUUCUUCACGAAAAUAGGUUUAAUUGUAGAGAAAAAACACGACUGUUACUAGUUAAGCUCACUAGUCUUUCUUCAUGUGUUGACAGGUGAAAUACCCAAUGAGAUAAGGAAUCUCGUUGAGUUGGAGAUACUUAGUCUUGCAUUUAAUAGUUUUAGCGGUUCACUUGAAAUGAGACCUUCAACAUAUCAGGGCUGAAAGUAGUUUCUCUUUUCAACAAUAAUCUAUCAGGAACCCUCUCAUCGAACAUAGGUUCUAUCUUACCCAACAUUGAAGAGCUUUAUCUGGACAACUUAACCAAUCUUGUUAUGACUAUUCCUCAUUCUAUCUCGAACUGUUCAAAACUUACAGGCUUGAUUCCCAAUUCUCUUGGAUAUUUGACUCAUCUACAAAUCCUAAACUUGGGGAGAAAUAAUUUAACCAGCGACUCAUUGUUAAGCUUCUUGACUUCCUUAACCAAUAACAGAAAUUUGACAGUUCUUAUUCUAUCUUUCAACCCUUUCUACCUCUCCUAGAAAAUUUUAUGCCAAAAAUUGCAAAAUCAUAGGGUGAAUUCCAAAUGAAGUGGGGAACUUAAGCAGCUUAUUAGACCUUGUACUUUCUGGAAAUAACUUGGUCGGAUCGAUUCCAACAUCAAUUGGCAACUUGAGAAACCUUCAGCGGUUCAACUUGAGUAGCAACAAAUUUACAGGAUUUAUUGGAGAUCAUAUAUGUAAAUUGCAACAUUUGGGUGAUAUUUACUUGGGUCAAAAUCAAUUUUCAGGGUCUCUUCCUUAUUGUUUAGGGAAUAUUACUUCCCUUAGGGAGAUACAUCCGGGUUCCAACAAAUUGAAUUCUAAUAUACCACCAAGCUUACGGGACCUUCAAGAUCUGGUGGUUCUGGACUUACCGUCAAACAACAUGGUAGGUUCUUUACCUCAAGAAAUUGGAAAUCUAAAGACUGUAACAAAGAUGGAUCUGUCGAUGAAUCAAUUCUCAAAUGAAAUUCCGAGAGAAAUUGGAGGCUUGCAAACUUUGGCGUACCUUUCUUUUAGACACAACAAGUUGCAAGGAGCUAUACCUGACUCAAUGAGCAACAUGGUAGGUUUGGAAUUCCUAGACCUUUCUCACAGUAAUAUAUCGGGAAUCAUUCCCAUGUCUUUUGAGAAACUUCACUACCUCAAGUAUUUCAAUGUUUCAGACAACCAAUUGUACGGUGAAAUACCCUCGGGGGGUCCUUUCAAGAACCUCUUGAGUCAGUUUUUCAUCUUCAAUGAAGAAUUGGGUGGUUCUUCAAGAUUUAGUGACCUGCCAUGCCCCACUUCAUCUAAGCACAGAUCAAAUAGGAAAAUUUUGCUAGUACUUUUUCUUUUGCUUGUAAUUGCAGUUGUAUGUGUUCCUUUGACCUUUGUGCUCCUAUGGAUAAGGUAUAGAAGAGGUAAAAGUGCUCCUCAGCAAGCUGAUUCAUUGUCUACCGUAGCAAAAGAAAUGAUUUCAUACUAUGAACUUCUCCGAGCAACAAAUGUGCUUAGUGAGAGUAGUCUGUUUGGUUCCGGAAGUUUUGGCACAGUUUACAAAGGCGUUCUCAGAAGUGGAACUUUCAUUGCAGUUAAAGUGUUCAACCUGCAACUGGAUGUGGCAUUCAAGAGUUUUGAUAUGGAAUGUGAAGUUUUGCGUAGCCUUCGCCAUAGGAAUCUUGUAAAAGUCAUUACUAGUUGUUCUAAUCUUGAUUUCAAGGCUUUAGUUCUCGAGUAUAUGCCUAACGGGAGUCUUGAGAAGUAUUUGUAUUCGCACAACUACUUCCUCGACAUCAAGCAGAGACUAAGAAUAAUGAUAGAUGUGGCAUGUGCUCUGGAAUAUCUUCACCAUAGGUGCUCGUUGCCUGUGAUUCACUGUGACAUGAAACCUAGUAACGUCUUGCUGGAUGAAGAUAUGGUUGCCCACCUCAGCGACUUUGGCAUCUCAAAACUUCUUGGUGAAGAUCAGGGUGAUUUAUACACAAAAACCUUAGCAACAUUAGGUUAUAUUGCGCCAGGUACGUCUCUUAGUUUGCUGAUUACUCCUUUCUUUUUUUCCCACCUAGAAAGUAUAUUGCAUCUUUAAAUGAAUUGUUUGACUGUAGAGUAUGGACUGGAUGGACUAGUGUCUACAAAGUGUGAUGUCUACAGUUAUGGUGUCUUGUUGCUGGAAACGUUUAAUAGGAGAAAGCCUAAUGAGUUUGAGGGAGAUCUUAGCUUGAAGCAAUGGGUGAGUUAUUCACUUCCUGGAGCAGUAAUGGACAUAGUAGAUGCCAACUUGGUAACACAAACGGGUAGUUGCUUACAGAUGGAGCUAGAUGUUGUGGGAUCAAUAAUGAAAGUGGCAUUAGAUUGUUGUGCUGAAAAUCCGGCAAGAAGGACUAACAUGAAAGAUGUUGUAGGGAUGCUACAGAAGAUCAAUAUUCAACUUCGUGCAUGCUAAGCAUAUUCUCGGAGUCUCUCCUUCCAGAUUACUUGUUUGUUGCAAAAGUUUGCUAAAUUGUUGGAUUUAUGUGAAGAUUGUUAUUUUUUUUCUUUUUUUAGUACUUGGUUUCUGGAUGAUUCCUUUUUCAGAAAUGUUAGCUGGCUGCUAUGAAUCUUAGAUUCUGUUUUCAGAAAUGCUAGCUGGUUACUAUGAAUCUUACUGGUUCCUCUUUAAAUUGAAUAACUAAAACCAAAUUGAUCCUCUUGAAAAU